AUGGACAAGCACCCCUCCACCUGCCCCUACCCCCACCUCGUAAUUAAAAACCGCUCCACCGGCAAAACGAACCUCGCCUCUGCGCUCGCCCGCCGUCUUCUCGCUUCAUUCGUCCUCACCCCGCCAUCGUUCGUCUUCCUCCUCUUCCGCCCCCGCGACCCCUCCGUCGGUCACCGCGUCGCCUCGCCGGAUCGCCGCCUCCAACUCCACCGCAGCUUCACUUCACCUCUCCGCCUCCGUCAGAACCCUAACGCGAUCCUGUCUCACUGGCCACCAUCCCUCCUCACGGGCAGCAGGGUCGGGUUCAUGUACAUCCCCGCCGGAGAGAUCGCCGGCGACAGGACGCAGUACAUGGAGGCGAGCUUCGCCGUUGGAAAGUUCGAUAGGAGUGGCGAUGGGAACGUCGUGGAGGUGGAGACGAGGAUCGGGCUGAAGGGGAGCGUUAGGGUCUUGAAGGUGUUCAUGCAUCGGGUCCAGGUGGUGGAGCAGAAGGGGAGGUGUGGUGAAGAGUGUGCCUCUAGUGCCUCUCUUUUCAUGUUUGGAGUUUCAAAGGCUAUCAUAAUGGUAUAG